CAAAGUCCAGGGAUUCCAGAACUCAGCAGUCUUUAAAACAACACCUUACAUUAUUCCAAGGACGGAUCGUUUUCCUAUCACCAACAACUCAAAUUAUUUAUAGGAGAUUGGUUCAUAUACUUAACCCAAUGUGAGAGGGAAUAUUUCUAAUUAUAUCCAAACAUCUUUAAUAUGAGGGGAAUUAGGCUUGGAGACCUUCAUUGCCAAAAACACGUUUUGCCAAAUAUGUUUUAAGAAAGAGGAGGAGGUUACGUGUUUUCCAUAUUUGAUCCUAUAAAAGUACCCUUGGAAUGAGAAUGACUUGUCUUUCCUCAUAAAGCUUCAAGUUCUGACCCACCGUUGAGGUUACAUCACUAAAGGCCAGCUCUCUCACUGGGCUGCCACCCAUAGCCCGCAGCCAUGAGUUCCGAUGCCGAGAUGGCCGUUUUUGGGGAGGCUGCUCCUUACCUCCGAAAGUCUGAAAAGGAGCGGAUUGAGGCUCAGAACAAGCCUUUUGAUGCCAAGUCAUCCGUGUUUGUGGUGGAUGCUAAGGAGUCUUUUGUGAAAGCCACGGUGCAGAGCAGGGAAGGGGGGAAGGUGACAGCCAAGACCGAAGGUGGAGCUACUGUAACAGUAAAAGAUGAUCAAGUCUUUCCCAUGAACCCUCCCAAGUACGACAAGAUCGAGGACAUGGCCAUGAUGACCCACCUGCACGAACCCGCAGUGCUGUACAACCUCAAAGAGCGUUACGCAGCCUGGAUGAUCUACACUUACUCGGGCCUGUUCUGCGUCACUGUCAACCCCUACAAGUGGCUGCCAGUGUACAAUGCAGAGGUAGUGGCGGCCUACCGAGGCAAAAAGCGACAGGAGGCCCCGCCCCACAUCUUCUCCAUCUCUGACAACGCCUACCAGUUCAUGCUGACGGAUCGGGAGAAUCAGUCUAUUUUGAUCACUGGAGAAUCCGGUGCCGGGAAGACUGUGAACACGAAGCGUGUCAUCCAGUACUUUGCGACAAUCGCAGUCACUGGGGAGAAGAAAAAGGAGGAGGCGCCUUCUGGCAAAAUGCAGGGGACCCUGGAAGAUCAAAUCAUCAGUGCCAACCCCCUGCUGGAGGCCUUUGGGAAUGCCAAGACCGUGAGGAACGACAACUCCUCUCGCUUUGGUAAAUUCAUCAGGAUCCACUUUGGUACCACAGGGAAACUGGCUUCUGCUGAUAUUGAAACAUAUCUUCUGGAGAAGUCUAGAGUCACCUUCCAGCUAAAAGCUGAAAGAAGCUACCACAUUUUUUAUCAGAUCAUGUCUAACAAGAAGCCAGAUCUAAUUGAAAUGCUCCUGAUCACCACCAACCCAUAUGACUACGCCUUUGUCAGUCAGGGGGAGAUCACAGUGCCAAGCAUUGAUGACCAAGAAGAGUUGAUGGCCACAGAUAGUGCCAUUGAUAUUCUGGGCUUCACUUCUGAUGAAAGAGUCUCCAUCUAUAAGCUCACGGGAGCCGUGAUGCAUUAUGGGAACAUGAAGUUCAAGCAGAAGCAGCGAGAGGAGCAGGCUGAGCCAGAUGGCACAGAAGUUGCUGACAAGGCUGCCUAUCUCCAGAAUCUGAACUCUGCUGACCUGCUCAAAGCCUUGUGUUACCCUAGGGUCAAGGUCGGCAAUGAGUACGUCACCAAAGGCCAGACGGUGCAGCAGGUGUACAACUCUGUGGGCGCCCUGGCCAAAGCUGUCUAUGAGAAGAUGUUCCUGUGGAUGGUCACCCGCAUCAACCAGCAGCUGGACACCAAGCAGCCCAGGCAGUACUUCAUCGGGGUCUUGGACAUCGCUGGCUUUGAGAUCUUUGAUUUCAACAGCCUGGAGCAGCUGUGCAUCAACUUCACCAACGAGAAACUGCAACAGUUUUUCAACCACCACAUGUUCGUGCUGGAGCAGGAGGAGUACAAGAAGGAAGGCAUUGAGUGGGAGUUCAUCGACUUUGGGAUGGACCUGGCCGCCUGCAUCGAGCUCAUCGAGAAGCCAAUGGGUAUCUUCUCCAUCCUGGAAGAGGAGUGCAUGUUCCCCAAGGCAACAGACACCUCCUUCAAGAACAAGCUCUAUGAACAGCAUCUUGGAAAGUCCAACAACUUCCAGAAGCCCAAGCCCGCCAAAGGCAAGGCCGAGGCCCACUUCUCGCUGGUGCACUACGCGGGGACCGUGGACUACAACAUCGCCGGCUGGCUGGACAAGAACAAGGACCCCCUGAAUGAGACGGUGGUGGGGCUGUACCAGAAGUCUUCAAUGAAAACUCUGGCUUACCUCUUCUCUGGGGCAGCAGCAGCUGCUGAAGCAGAGUCUGGUGGCGGUGGUGGAAAGAAAGCCGCUAAGAAGAAGGGUUCUUCUUUCCAGACCGUGUCUGCUCUCUUCAGGGAGAAUCUGAAUAAGCUAAUGACCAAUCUGAGGAGCACCCACCCCCACUUUGUACGCUGCAUCAUCCCUAAUGAAACUAAGACUCCUGGUGCCAUGGAGCAUGAACUGGUCCUGCACCAGCUGAGGUGUAACGGGGUGCUGGAAGGCAUCCGCAUCUGCCGGAAGGGGUUCCCAAGCAGGAUCCUCUAUGCAGACUUCAAGCAGAGAUACAAGGUGCUAAACGCAAGUGCCAUCCCCGAGGGACAAUUCAUCGAUAGCAAGAAGGCUUCUGAGAAGCUCCUUGGCUCCAUCGACAUUGACCACACUCAGUAUAAGUUUGGUCACACCAAGGUGUUCUUCAAAGCUGGUCUUCUGGGGCUCCUAGAGGAGAUGAGAGAUGACAAGUUGGCCCAGCUGAUUACCCGAACCCAGGCCAUGUGCAGAGGGUACUUAGCAAGAGUGGAGUACCAGAAGAUGGUAGAGAGAAGAGAGUCUAUCUUCUGCAUCCAGUACAAUGUCCGUGCCUUCAUGAAUGUCAAGCACUGGCCUUGGAUGAAGCUGUAUUUCAAGAUCAAGCCCCUGCUAAAGAGUGCAGAGACAGAGAAGGAGAUGGCCAACAUGAAGGAAGAAUUUGAAAAAGCUAAAGAAAACCUUGCAAAGGCUGAGGCCAAAAGGAAAGAACUGGAAGAAAAGAUGGUAGCUCUGAUGCAAGAGAAAAAUGAUCUGCAGCUCCAAGUUCAGUCUGAAGCAGACAGCUUGGCUGAUGCAGAAGAAAGAUGUGACCAGUUGAUCAAAACCAAAAUCCAGCUGGAGGCCAAAAUCAAGGAGGUGACAGAGAGAGCUGAGGAUGAGGAGGAGAUCAACGCUGAGCUGACCGCCAAGAAGAGGAAGCUGGAGGAUGAGUGCUCAGAGCUGAAGAAAGACAUCGACGACCUUGAGCUCACACUGGCCAAGGUUGAGAAGGAGAAGCAUGCCACAGAGAACAAGGUGAAAAACCUCACAGAGGAGAUGGCAGGCCUGGACGAAACCAUCGCCAAGCUGACCAAGGAGAAGAAGGCCCUCCAAGAGGCCCACCAGCAGACCCUGGAUGACCUGCAGGCAGAGGAGGACAAAGUCAACACCCUGACCAAAGCCAAAAUCAAGCUUGAACAGCAAGUGGAUGAUCUUGAAGGCUCUCUGGAACAAGAAAAGAAAAUCCGGAUGGAUCUUGAAAGGGCAAAGAGGAAGCUGGAGGGAGACCUCAAAUUGGCCCAAGAGUCCACAAUGGAUGUAGAAAAUGACAAACAGCAGCUUGAUGAAAAGCUUAAAAAGAAAGAGUUUGAAAUGAGCAAUCUGCAAAGCAAGAUUGAAGAUGAGCAGGCCCUUGGCAUGCAGCUGCAGAAGAAAAUCAAGGAGUUGCAAGCCCGCAUUGAGGAGCUGGAGGAGGAAAUCGAGGCAGAGAGGGCCUCCAGAGCCAAAGCAGAGAAGCAGCGCUCUGAUCUCUCCCGGGAACUGGAGGAGAUCAGUGAGAGGCUGGAAGAAGCCGGUGGGGCCACUUCAGCCCAGAUCGAGAUGAACAAGAAGAGAGAGGCUGAGUUCCAGAAGAUGCGCAGGGACCUGGAGGAGGCCACCCUGCAGCAUGAAGCCACAGCAGCCACCCUGAGGAAGAAGCAUGCGGACAGCGUGGCUGAGCUUGGGGAGCAGAUUGAUAACCUGCAGCGUGUCAAGCAGAAGCUGGAGAAGGAGAAGAGCGAGAUGAAGAUGGAAAUCGAUGACCUCGCCAGUAACAUGGAAGUUAUUUCCAAAUCCAAGGGAAACCUUGAAAAGAUGUGCCGCACACUGGAGGAUCAAGUGAGUGAGCUGAAAACCAAGGAGGAGGAACAGCAGCGGCUGAUCAAUGAGCUGACAGCCCAGAGAGGACGUCUGCAGACCGAGUCAGGUGAAUAUUCACGCCAGCUAGAUGAAAAGGACUCACUAGUGUCCCAGCUCUCCAGGGGCAAACAGGCGUUCACACAACAGAUUGAGGAGUUAAAGAGGCAGCUUGAAGAGGAAAUAAAGGCCAAGAGUGCCCUGGCUCAUGCUCUUCAGUCUUCCCGCCAUGACUGUGACCUACUGAGGGAACAGUAUGAAGAGGAGCAGGAAGCCAAGGCUGAGCUGCAGAGGGCCAUGUCCAAGGCCAACAGUGAGGUGGCCCAGUGGAGGACAAAAUAUGAGACAGAUGCCAUCCAACGCACAGAGGAGCUGGAGGAGGCCAAGAAGAAGCUGGCUCAGCGUCUGCAGGAUGCUGAGGAGCAUGUAGAAGCCGUGAAUGCCAAGUGUGCUUCCCUGGAGAAGACGAAGCAGCGGCUGCAGAAUGAGGUGGAGGACCUCAUGAUUGACGUAGAGAGGACCAACGCGGCCUGCGCUGCCCUGGACAAGAAGCAGAGAAACUUUGACAAGAUCCUGGCAGAAUGGAAACAGAAGUAUGAGGAAACCCACGCUGAGCUUGAAGCCUCUCAAAAGGAGGCCCGCUCUCUCAGCACAGAGCUGUUUAAGAUUAAGAAUGCUUAUGAGGAAUCCUUAGACCAUCUUGAAACCUUGAAACGGGAAAAUAAGAAUUUGCAACAGGAGAUUUCUGAUCUCACGGAACAGAUCGCAGAAGGAGGGAAACGUAUCCAUGAACUGGAAAAAAUAAAGAAGCAAAUUGAACAGGAAAAAUCCGAGCUCCAGGCUGCUUUAGAGGAAGCAGAGGCAUCUCUGGAACAUGAAGAGGGAAAGAUCCUGCGCAUCCAGUUGGAGCUGAACCAAGUCAAGUCUGAGAUUGACAGGAAGAUUGCCGAGAAGGACGAGGAGAUCGACCAGCUCAAGAGAAACCACAUUAGAGUUGUGGAGUCCAUGCAGAGCACGCUGGAUGCAGAGAUCAGGAGCAGGAAUGACGCCAUCAGGAUCAAGAAGAAGAUGGAGGGAGACCUCAAUGAGAUGGAAAUCCAGCUGAACCACUCCAACCGCAUGGCUGCUGAGGCCCUGAGAAACUACAGGAACACACAGGGCAUCCUCAAGGACACCCAGCUGCACCUGGAUGAUGCUCUCCGAGGCCAGGAGGACCUGAAGGAACAGCUGGCCAUGGUUGAGCGCAGAGCCAACCUGCUGCAGGCUGAGAUUGAGGAGCUGCGGGCCACACUGGAGCAGACAGAGAGGAGCAGGAAGAUUGCAGAGCAGGAGCUGCUGGAUGCCAGUGAACGCGUGCAGCUCCUGCACACCCAGAACACCAGCCUCAUCAACACCAAGAAGAAGCUGGAGACAGACAUUUCCCAAAUCCAGGGAGAGAUGGAGGACAUCGUCCAGGAAGCCCGCAAUGCAGAAGAGAAGGCCAAGAAAGCCAUCACUGAUGCUGCCAUGAUGGCAGAGGAGCUGAAGAAGGAGCAGGACACCAGCGCCCACCUAGAGCGGAUGAAGAAGAACCUAGAGCAAACGGUGAAGGACCUGCAGCACCGCCUAGACGAGGCUGAGCAGCUGGCGCUGAAGGGUGGCAAGAAGCAGAUCCAGAAACUGGAGGCCAGGGUCCGUGAACUUGAAGGAGAAGUUGAAAAUGAACAGAAACGCAAUGUUGAAGCCAUCAAGGGUCUGCGCAAGCACGAGAGGAGAGUGAAGGAACUCACUUACCAAACUGAGGAAGACCGCAAGAAUGUUCUUAGGCUCCAGGACCUUGUGGACAAACUACAAUCAAAGGUGAAAGCCUACAAGAGACAGGCGGAAGAAGCGGAGGAACAAUCCAAUGUCAACCUGGCCAAGUUCCGCAAGAUCCAGCACGAGCUGGAGGAAGCCGAGGAGCGGGCUGACAUCGCCGAGUCCCAGGUCAACAAACUGCGGGUGAAGAGCCGGGAGGUUCACACCAAAAUUAUAAGCGAAGAGUAAUUCAUCCAAAUGCAGGAAAGUGACCAAGAGAUGAGCAAAAUGUGAAGAUCUUUGUCACUCUGUUUUGUACUCAUGACUUUUGGAGAUAAAAAAUUUAUCUGCCAAGAACUCGUAAGUCUCUUUGUUCCCCUUCUCCAUGCCAGUUGGUUUUCGUGUACACAUGAAG